AUGGACCAAGACCAAGACGCUCCAGAGAAGGAGUACCUCUGUCAAACAGAGGUCACUUUAAGUUGGCUGGUACAGGCAAUAGGUGACAAAUUUGAAAAAACCUUCGAGGAAGAACCGCGAUGGAUUGUCGAACGAUUAAAUCGACCACAAAUGGAUGAACUUGCAAACACAACAGUAAUGCGGGUCACAUUCGGUUGGGAAGAUCCUGUCCUACCGAAGAACGUCAUUGUCAAGACAAUACCUUCCAAAGAUCUUCGCGAUGACGAGGAUUCAAAGUUCGCUCUAACGAAAUUCAAAAGGUGCUGA